AUGAAGGUCAACGCUGCUUCCAUCGCCCUGGCUUGCUUUGCUGGCAACGCCAUUGCAGCUCCCGCUGUCGGCUCUUCCGCCAUCCAGAAUGUGCAGAACGUCCAUGCCCCCUCUACCCCAGCUGUCAACGCUGGAAGCCUGAGUAAGAGAAACGAGGACGUUGUCGCUCAGCUUAGGGAGGCUCUCCAGGCCACUUCAGUAGUCUCUCGAGACACUCCCCAGCCGGGCAAUCUCCUCUCAAACCUCCUGAACAAGGUCGUGGAUGUUCUCUCCAAUGUCAUCGGAGAGUGCGCUACCAGCGGCUCUUCGAUACUCGGCCGCGAGCUGUCUGAAGUCUCCGACCUCCGCCAACUCCUCAACAAUCUUGAGAUCGUCAAGCGCGAUGUGGCCGACCUCGACACACCACUUGAACCAGGUGUCGACCUCCAGCAGAUCAUCCAGCGUGUCGUCAACAUCCUCAAGGCCCUCUUGGGAUCAUGCAACAGGGGAGGAACCAACACUGCCACCAACGCACUGGGCGACCUCAACAACCAGCUCCAGGUCCUCCCCAACCUCUCUCUGGGCUCCAACCCUCUCCUUAACCUCCACCCCGAUUCCCUGAACUCGCUCAGCAGUGCCAUCGGAACUAUUGGCACCACCAGAAACCCCCUCGGCCAGGGCAGUGCCCCUGACCUGCUCGGACUGGAUGGCAUCCUGUCCAGCACUGGCCUUGGAAGCCUCGGCCUCCUGGGUGGCAGCAGCGCGGUCCCGCUGGGCAACACCCUCGGAUCCUUGACCGGCGGCAGCGCCCUGACCUCCAGCCUGGGCGGUGGCAACCUGGGCGGCAUCCUCGGCCUCGGCGUCGCUGGCCCGCUCGGAGGCCUGGGCGGCGGUCUCUUGGGAGGCGGCCUCCUCAACCCUACCGGCUUUCUGGGCUUGCUCCUCAAGCGUGACGUCGAGACGGAUGGCAUGGCCGCUACCCAGCCACCAACUCUCCUUGAUGCUCUCUACAGCGUCACGGGCUACGCCGGCUCCGGUGGCCCCGUUGGCAACCUGGUUGACAAGCUCAUCAGCUUCCUUGGCUUCGGUCUCAAGCAGAGUGCCGAGGCCCGCCGCAGCGCAACCGACUCUCUCAUCCCAACUGAGGUGCUCGUGGAGAAGGGUUCCCUGUCCGCCGUCGGCCUCCUUGCUGUCCUUCUUGACGUGGCCCAGAACGGCGAUCUCAGCAAUAUCGACGCCAUGGACAAGCUCACCACCCAAUAA